AUGCAUAUCAUUUCAUUGGACGGCAUAGCGAAGCUGUUCUCAAAGCCAAUCACAACCAACCCAAACAAAACCCUCCAAACAACAAGCAUCAUGAAGUGCAUCGCAGCUGUAGUCAUUGUUGCUCUGGUCGCCUCGGUGCAGGCUGGCGCUGUCUACCCCUCGGUCUACACCGUGCCGCAGACUACCGUGGUCCAGCAGAACGUCGUGCCGAAGUACGUCACUGCCUACUCUGCCCCGGCCGUCACCUACGCCAGCCACGCCGUCGCCCCGGCCGUCUCGUACGCCAGCCAUGUCUCUGCUCCGGUGUCCUAUGUUGCCCCAGCCUCCUAUGCUGCCCCGGUCGCUUAUGCCGCCCCGGUCGCUUACGCCGCUCCGACCGCCUAUGCCUAUGAGCAGGCCCAGUACGUGCCACAGGUGUACGCCCCGGUCCAGAAGGAGGCAUCGUACGUCGCUGCCACCCGUGGAGCCGUCCAUGUUGCUCCUCUGGCUGGACACGCCGUCAACCAGAAGUCCCUGAACGUUGAGGCUGCUCCCGGAACGCUGUAA